UUGCUCCAGGAUCUCCUGACAAGAGCCACAGUUGGUGUCUUGUAUGACAUCAGAUGUCAGCUGGAACAGAGCUGCGAUUUGUUUGGUUAUCUUGGUUGUGAUCAAUCAUGCUUGACAUUUGCCUGCAGCAUUCUGCAUGCAUAUGGUCACGAAUGGGCUUGCCAGGUUGCAUACAACCCCAGAUGCAGAUUGGGCUUUGGUCUUACUGAUGGAGAAGGAAGUGAGUGGGUCUGGAGCAGAACCAGAUGCCUGAUCCCUAUCAUUCAAUGA